CGUCAAAGUAAAAGGUUGUUUUCUCUUUGUACGCCGCAGUCAUUUUAUUUUCUAACAGUACUAAAAAAAUUUUCGAGGAUAUUGAGAUUGCAAUUGUUAUUCAAACAAUUAUACAAUAAUUACAUAAACGAACGUCGUCGUGAUUAGUAGCCAACGUGUUAAAUAUUUUCCUCGAAGAAUUUCCUCUGUGUUCGUCUUUUUUUAAACAAAAGAAAAAACAAAAAAAAAUGUGUGACGAAGAAGUUGCUGCCUUGGUUGUUGACAAUGGUUCCGGUAUGUGCAAAGCCGGUUUUGCCGGUGAUGAUGCCCCCCGUGCCGUAUUUCCUUCGAUUGUUGGUCGUCCCCGUCAUCAGGGCGUUAUGGUCGGUAUGGGACAAAAGGAUUCAUAUGUCGGCGAUGAAGCUCAAAGCAAACGCGGUAUACUUACAUUGAAAUAUCCUAUUGAACACGGUAUCGUUACCAAUUGGGAUGAUAUGGAAAAGAUUUGGCAUCAUACCUUCUAUAAUGAGUUGCGCGUAGCACCCGAGGAACACCCUGUAUUGUUGACUGAAGCUCCAUUGAAUCCUAAGGCCAAUCGUGAGAAGAUGACUCAGAUAAUGUUUGAAACAUUCAAUACACCCGCCAUGUAUGUGGCCAUUCAGGCUGUGCUGUCAUUGUACGCUUCCGGUCGUACAACUGGUAUUGUGCUUGACUCAGGCGAUGGUGUUUCUCACACCGUGCCCAUUUACGAAGGUUAUGCCCUGCCACACGCCAUUUUGCGUCUUGAUUUGGCUGGUCGCGAUUUGACCGAUUACCUCAUGAAGAUAUUGACCGAGCGUGGCUAUUCUUUCACUACUACAGCUGAACGUGAAAUUGUGCGCGACAUUAAAGAAAAGUUGUGCUAUGUUGCUUUAGACUUUGAACAAGAGAUGGCCACAGCUGCCUCUAGUUCCUCUUUGGAGAAAAGUUAUGAAUUGCCUGAUGGUCAAGUGAUUACCAUUGGUAAUGAACGUUUCCGUUGCCCUGAGGCACUCUUCCAGCCAUCAUUCUUGGGUAUGGAAGCUUGCGGUAUUCAUGAAACUACUUAUAAUUCCAUCAUGAAAUGCGAUGUGGAUAUUCGUAAAGACUUAUAUGCCAAUACCGUGUUGUCCGGUGGCACCACCAUGUAUCCUGGUAUUGCUGAUCGUAUGCAAAAGGAAAUUACCGCCUUGGCUCCUUCCACUAUGAAGAUCAAGAUAAUUGCUCCACCAGAGCGUAAAUACUCAGUUUGGAUUGGCGGUUCCAUUUUGGCUUCGUUGUCCACUUUCCAACAGAUGUGGAUUUCCAAACAGGAAUACGACGAAUCUGGUCCAUCUAUUGUGCACAGAAAGUGCUUCUAAACGGUUUUCUGCAAUCCCUGGUAGAAAUCAAAAAAAAAAUGGCUGCCGAUUUAGUCGUGUAUAGUAAUAAGAACAUAAUUUUAACAUCAACAACAACAACAACAACACCAACAACAACAAAAACAAAAACAGCAAAAACAUUAAUAACAUCAGCAUUACCAACAAAAGCAUCUAUGAGCAGAAGAAGCGAACGACAUUUUAGGAGCGUAGAAAUUAGAUAUGAAGGAAAUCGAAUGGUGACAAGCCUUUCUUGUAAGAUUUGUGUUAUAACUGAAUGAUCAGGAAAAAAAAAAAAAAUUUCGAAUGAAAAUAUUUAAAAUUCCAAGCGUGUUUCAGCACCAUAAUUUACACAAGAAGAACAA